GAGUGGGGGAGGCGGGGGAGGAGAGAGUCGAUGUGAGCAGCAGACAGAGACGCUCUCUCCACCUCGCUCUUCACAUCGGAGAGAAGAGGAACAAGAGAGGAAGUGAGGAAGAGAGCAGAAAUGGAACUAAACAUCAACAAACAAGGGGCAGAGCUUUUAUUUUGAAAUUUCUUUGUAAGUUUGGCAGAGGAUUUCUCUUCUUCUCCUCCAUAACAGCGUUUCAUUUUUUAGAAGAUGAUGCCAGGCUUCAGGGUGAUGCUGCUGGUUCCCGGGGUCGUCAUGGCGAUGAUGGUCGUCCGGAUGAACGGAGCGCGAGUGGUGAGCGGACAGACGGUGUGUUCGGGUGGUCCAGAGCAUCCCUGCUAUGAAAUUGCAUAUUUCCACGAUGUGUCGAGCCGCGUUGCCUUCAGGGAGGCGCGUCAGGCCUGCGAGAUGGAUGGAGGGGCGCUGCUCAGCAUCGAGAGCCCGGCCGAGCAGAAAGACAUCGAAAAUCUGCUGAAGGAGCUGAGUUCAGGAGCAGUGGGCGGGGCAGGAGGAGGUGCAGGCGCAGGAGGCAUAGCGGACGGUGAUUUCUGGAUCGGUCUGACUCGGGUGGAUGGACUCGAUCAGACUCAUCCUGAACUCAGCAACACCUUCACUUCCUGUCCACAGCUCUACCAGUGGAUCGACGGCAGUCGAGCCAUCUUCAGGAACUGGUAUUUCGACGAGCCGUCCUGUGGAGGAGAGGCCUGUGUCGUGAUGUACCAUCAACCAACUGCACUUCCUGGUCUGGGUGGGGCUUACCUCUACCAAUGGAACGACGACCGCUGCAACAUGAAACACAACUUCAUCUGCAAAUACAAACCAGAGAGCCAUCUUGAACACACACCUGGAGAUCGGGGCACAGAAGUGACAACAGGUGGAGGUGUGGUCACAAAGCCUGCAGGCGGUGAGGAGGUUCCCCCUGAGGUCACCAUGGCUGGAGCUUCAGGCAUGUUACUGGUCUAUGUGAUCAUCCCCACAAUCCCCCUGCUGCUGCUCAUCCUGGUGGCCUCUGGGACAUGUUGUUUUCAGAUGCUCAGUGGAAGUACCCCCCGCACCAAGACCGCCGUCGACCAAUCGAUCAACCUCUGGAUCUCCAACACGCCCAAACCGGACAGCAUGGAGGUCUGACAUCACAGUGACAUCACAGUGACAUCAUCAGAGGGAACGAUAUCACUCACACUUACUGCAUCAGUUAUUGAUCUGUUAUUGAUUACUGCAUCGGUUAUUGAUUACUACAUCAGUUAUUGAUCUGUAAUUGUUUACUGCAUUCUUUAUCUGUUAUUGAUUACUUCAUCGUUUAUUGAUCAGUUAUUGAUUACUGCAUCAGUUAUUGAUCUCAGUUAUUGAUUACUGCUUCUGUUAUUGAUUACUGCAUUAUUGAUCUGUUAUUGAUUACUUCAUCAGUUAUUGAUAUGUUAUUGGUUACUGCAUUCAUUAUUGAUCUCAGUUAUUGAUUACUGCAUCAGUUAUUGAUCUCAGUUAUUGAUUACUUCAUCAGUUAUUGAUCAGUUAUUGAUUACUGCUUCUGUUAUUGAUUACUGCAUUAUUGAUCUGUUAUUGAUUACUUCAUCAGUUAUUGAUAUGUUAUUGGUUACUGCAUUCAUUAUUGAUCUCAGUUACUGAUUACUGCAUCAGUUAUUGAUCUCAGUUAUUGAUUACUGCAUCAGUUAUUGAUCUGUAAUUGAUUACUGCAUUCUUUAUCUGUUAUUGAUUACUUCAUCGUUUAUUGAUCAGUUAUUGAUUACUGCAUCAGUUAUUGAUCUCAGUUAUUGAUUACUGCAUCAGUUAUUGAUCUCAGUUAUUGAUUACUGCAUCAGUUACUGAUCUCAGUUACUGAUUUCUGCAUUAGUUAUUGAUCAGUUAUUGAUUACUGCUUCUGUUAUUGAUUACUGCAUUCAUUAUUGAUCUGUUAUUGAUUACUGCAUCAGUUAUUGAUCUGUUAUUGAUAACUGCAUCAGUUAUUGAUUACUGCAUCAGUUAUUGAUUACACAUCAGUUAUUGAUCUAUUAUUGAUUACUGCAUAAGUUAUUGAUGUUAUUGAUUACUGCAGUAGUUAUUAAUCUGUUAUUAAUUUCUGCAUUAGUUAUUAAUCUCAGUUACUGAUUACUGCAUUAGUUAUUGAUCUCAGUUAUUGAUUACUGCAUCAGUUAUUGAUGUUAUUGAUUAGUGCAUAAGUUAUUGAUGUUACUGUUUACUGCAGUAGUUAUUAAUCUCAGUUAUUGAUUGCUGCAUUAGUUCUUGAUCUCAGUUAUUGAUUGCUGCAUUAGUUACUGAUUACUGGGACUCCAGUAGGGCUCUACCCUACUUACACUGAACUUGCCUCCAUUCUUCCUCAUGCUUGUCUUUCCUUCCAUCACCCCUCCUUUCCUUGUCCUCUCUUUAGUCUCCUUUCUCUCCUUUUUUCCUUCCUCCCUGCAUCUGCAGUGGUCUGUGCUUUGAUUGGUUGGCGCUUGUCGGUUGAGCUGUGCUAUGAUUAGUCUGUUGAGCUGUGGGGAUUAAACCUGUGAGUGUUAAGGCUUGUGUAUACUUGCCGUUCCCGACGUGACGCGUGACAAUGUGACGUCAAAAUGACGUACAUCUCGCUGGCGCGCCAGGAUUUUGGCCCAGUCGCGCCAGGUCGUGCACCACUCUUUUUUUUUCAGCUGAGCGCGCCAAAGCGGGAGCAGGAAGAUGGACGAUCUGUACUAUCCUUCAAUGAAGGAACAAAGAGAUGCCCAGAGGUGCCAGAAUUCAUGGGGAGAAAUUGGCAUGAAUGUUGGAAAAGAGGAGGCCAUAUGCUGGAACCUCCGCGACCGAUAAAAAAAAAAAAAAAAAAAAAACUUUCUCUUCUUCUUCUAGUGCCUAGAAAUAGCAAAGUCGGUAGCCUUUCCUCAGUAGCGACACCUCUGUUCAGGAGAAGACUGCAACUAGUGUCGCGACCACCACGCGCAAGUAUAAAUAGUUACGGCGCUCCCGUGAUGUCACACUGUCGCGCGACAGGUCGGCAACGGGGAGUAUACCGAGCGCUUUACAGUGCACUCUCUCUUGUCUGUUUGAUGUUUCGUUAAUGACGCAGAAACAACUGAAGAGGAACUGAGGCGUCUCAGUGGGGGGGGUGGGGGGGGUGGAGAUGUUUGAUCUCAGAGUGAGCUGCACUGCGGGGCGGGGGGGAUUAAUAGAGCUGUUAAUUUAACAGGAUGAAAGAGAUAAUUAUUUAUUUAGAAAAUUUACAUUUUUAUGAGACCUCAUCUCUCACUCCUCCGUCCGACUUGAACCCCUCAGUAUUGUCAAUAAUCUAUAAACAUGUGAUCAAUGUCUUUCUGAAUGUGUUUGUUACCUGGAACUCCUCAUUAUAGUGUCUUCAUAUGAGAAUAAUAAACAUUAUGUCAUCUGCUCAUAAA